AUAUAUACACGCCGUCGCCAAAUAGGUUUUAAUCCCUAAAUCAUUCACUGUGCAUAGCAUUCGCUAAAAGAUCUCGGAAGAUGGCCGAAUCUGAUGGAUCUUGCUCUCCUGUUGAUAUCCCUUUUGAAGCAAGUAGCGAUGAAGAAGGAAGCGUAGCAGCAUAUUUCCCUGACGAUUUCAAGCAAUAUGUGGACACUCAACUCAACCGCUGCCCACUGGAUGAUUAUGGAUGGGUUUUCUGGAGCCGAGAAGACGACCAAUCCGAACAUCCUCCGAAUUUUUUGGAUUUUAAAAAGAAGAUCAAAGAUGUCCUUCUGAAGUGUAUACGCAAUUGGUUUGGAUAUCCAACACUAUUUCAAUUAUGGGCACCCACAAUGACAAUGGAGCGCCGGUCUUAUCUUACAACUCAAAACCAACCUUUCGCUCUUUGUUCAUUUGAUACAAGAAUUGAUGAUGCUGUCAAAGGACUUUGUGGGUAUAGGAUGAUCUCUGAGGGCUAUAAAUUUUACAUGGAUAGAGAGAGUUCUGAUGAACAACUUGGGGUUCCUGGCCGUGUGUUCAAGCAUGGAUUUCCCGAAUUCUCUCCCAAUGUAGAAUAUUACUCUAUCAAAGAGAAUCCAUUGCGCGACAAUGCUUUAGGUUGCCAACUUAAACUAUCUUGGGCUAUCCCACUGUUUGAUCCUUCUACCCACUUUUGUGUUGGUGUACUUGAGAUAGUUUCAACAGGGCCCACAAAGGAAUCUGUAUUGGGCAGCCACAUUGAUUUGCUGGAUUUGCAUAAUUAUUUGGAGGAGGUAGGUCUGGAAUCUUCCCCGGGUGUUGAUCAUCAACAAAUCCGACAAUUAAGUUCUAAUCGGCCUUUUAGUCAUGCCUCAGCUGCUGUUGUUGACGCAAACCCAUGUAAUACAGUGAUCCGAGAUGCAAAUAUUGUGACCGUGAAGGCAAAAUAUAUCGAUGAUAUUAUAAUAAAGUUUCCGCUGUCUUUGUCAUCGGGACUUGUUGAGUUGCAGCAGAAAAUCGCCCAUAUACUGCACUUAGAGGAUGGAACUUAUUAUGUCAAGUAUAAAGAUGAGGAUGACGACUUAAUUGUACUAGCUUGUGAUCAGGAGGAGUUAAAACAUUAUAUAAGCGCUUCUACAUCGCCCGGGCAGCACUACCAUCGUGGUAUUCAUUGUUCCAAAGUAGUCAACUAUGAGUGACCAACUUGAAUCAUCUGAGUGUUUUUUGUUGCUGCUAUAUCCUCUUUUGUUCUAUCUUGUUUUGUUCUAUCUUUUGAUUCUAUAGAUAGUUGUAGUUGGACUAUCAUGCCUUGUUUCUUCUGUUUCAGGAAGGUUGGAGUGUUUUGGGAUUUUUUUGUUUUCUCUUGGCAGUUGGAUUCUGGGCAACUUUUUCAUUCUUCCCUUUUGUAAUGUUGUAUUAGCAUGUAUUAAUAAAAUGUUACUUUCUGAUAAAAAAAAACAUCUUUCACUUUA